AUGGCACAAACACAAGAAUUUCUAUCAUUAACUGAUUCGGAGCGAAAAAUCGAAACAGAUGACCAAGACAAAAAUGGAGAAGAACAAGAAGCUAAUCAACAACAGCACAAAAUCGUGUCAUUGUUGCAAGAACUGUUGGCUAAACAAAAUUUGCUUACACAAGAUAUGGCAACACAACAGAUCACAAUUAAUAAUCUUUCUCAAGCAGUUGAAGCUUUACAAGGAACCAAAAUAUCAUAUCCAAAUAUACCAGUAACUAAUCCAUCUUUAGCACCAACAACAGCUUCUGUCUCGGAGCUAACACCAUCCAUGAUGAAAAGUGUUGAACUUAGCCCCAAGGAACAAGCUUCCGAACAACUGCAAUCGAAACGGAUCGAUCAACUACUUAAUUCUAUCCCAUUUUCUGGAUCCAAUUCACAAGAGGUUUCAGACUGGAUCGAAGAUUUCGACGAUAGGUGUGAUCAACUCCAACUAGGAGAUGUUCAACGUUUAUCCGUGGCUAUUAAUCUUCUCACAGGUAAUGCAAAACUAUGGUAUGACACACAUAAGCAUACCAUUGAUGAUUGGAUAACACUA